AUGCAAGGAAACACAAGGGACGAAGCUGCACCGUCGACUAAACCCCUUCCUGAACACAAAGCUACACCUACGACUAAGGCGCUUUCUAAAGACAAAGCUGCAUUGAAAGCCGAACUUUUGCACCGACUCUUGAAUCACGACAAAAUCAAAGCUGAUGAGGCAGAAGCUAGGUCCAAGGUUACAGAUGAUGAAGGAGAGAUACUCUAUACCUUUCAUCGCCACAAGAUUGUUCGAAUCAGCGAAGAUCUUGUGGUGAAAAAGGCCGACGAUAUUCCAGUCCAUGAAGCUCCAACCCUUCGGUUUAUCGCUGAGAAUACUACAAUCCCAGUGCCAAAGGUUCAUGAUGUUCGGUGGGAGGAAGAUAAAGUGGUUGGCAUUGUUAUGGACUAUAUACCUGGCAAGUCACUAGACGACGUUUGGAAUACCUUGAGUCCUAGCCAGAAACAAUCAAUUUCCGAGCAACUCCGUGGCUAUAUCACCCAACUUCGAAAUCUCAAAGGCAAUUAUAUCGGUGCUAUUGAUCGCGGUACUGUCUCGAUGGGCAAGUGGGGGCCUAUCUAUGGAGGGCCCUUUGACUCUGAACACGAAUUCAAUCAGUGGAUUCUAAAUGACCUCAGUUCAGGACUGUCGGCCCCUCUCAGAUACUAUGCAGAACAUGCACUGACGGAUGGUCAUGAAAUUGUCUUCACCCAUUCUGAUUUCUCCUCUCGAAAUAUACUUGUGGAUGAAAACAAUGAUUACCGGGUUACUGCUAUCCUAGAUUGGGAGUUUGCUGGCUGGUAUCCAGAGUGGUGGGAAUACUUGAGAGCCUACAAGAACUUCCACCGAGGCAAGGAUUGGGGUGAUUGUCUGUGCUAUAUUCUACCCCCUCAAUAUGAUCGAGAGUUCAUUGCUAUGUGUUAUGUAUCUGAAUACUGCAGCAGCUAG